AUGAUGCAGACCAAGAACCCCUUCAACACCACCCGCACUGGAAAGCAUGGGCUUUGGAGAUCCCGGGGUCUCAAGAAUAGACUAUCAUUGGAAGAUUUUAUUGCGUUGUACAACCGCGUAAACAAAUCUCCAGCUUCUGGGUCAUCCAGUUGCGCAAACUCCGAGAGUGAUGAUGGCUCCAAUGUCUCGUCGUCUGCAGACAUGUCGGGGUCAGACAAAUCAGUCGCGAACGUUCUGCCAGUCAAAGCUCCUGGACUGCACGUCUAUGUUCCAAUCCGCACACAGACACUGAUGCUCGCACGAGUCCAGGCUAUCUUGGAACAUGCCUGCUUUAGUUUCGCCCAAGAGGCCAUGCCAGGCAUCCUCGAAGAGACGAAGUGGUCAUGUCCAGAAGCAGGAGAGCUAAACGCUUGGGCAUACCAUUUUAAGAAGCACUGGGAAGCCCUCCAACAGCUCAGCCGUUGCCAAGGGUGUGGCCUUGUCCUCACCUCUUUUCUCUACUCAAUCAAGCAAAUUCGACAUAUUGCUGUUCACCGACAGCCCAUCACAGUGGACCACCUGUUGAUGUUGCUGAGUCAUGCAAUCAACUUUUGCAUUUGUCUCGAUGUCCCAAAAGCCUUGGAUAUGGUCCGGAAGAUUCGAAAUUCCGCAGAGACUCACAUCCAAAAGCUUGAGGACUGCAAAAAGAACAUCGAGCAAGGACUCAGCACGGCUGACCCAGAGACCUCCAUGACACGCUUGGAACUCUGGGCACGUGAGCAGCAAGAAAUGCAAGAAGCUUGCGAGAAGUUUGAGAAAAAGAGGAAGGCCAUCUUUAGGAAGGCCGAAAAGUUGCUCCUUUCCAGGGAGGUGGCAUGCUUUACCUUGGAAGACGAGGAGGAUGAAGAUGAGGACGAUGACGAAGAGUAA